UGGAGUCGGCCCCAAGGAUGAAACUGCACGGCUGGCAUAGCAGGAUCAACAGCAGAGACACCAGGGUAGACUUGCCCAUCUGCUGCAUUGAUGGAGACUAACCUGCUGAUCGGGACGGCCCUGGCUAUAUAAGUCAGUGAAGACUGCUCUCCAGGACAUCUUUCCUCUCACCACAGCACUCCACGCUCUUUACUCCACACUCCUUAUCCCACACUCUUUUGCAACCCUCAAAGAUGACACCACCAAAAGCAAUCGCUCUCAGUCUGCUGCUCUUGAGCUCCUGGGCAUCGGCGUCCGCCAUCCCCGUCCAAGCUCGCGCUGCAGCAUCCGCCUCUGCCGUAGCUUCAGCCUCUUCAGCCCAAGCAACUUGCGGAUGGACAUAUUUCCUGAAUGUCGACAACACUUCCACCGACGAUGACGACGCCGAUGGUGGCGAGGAUGAUUCGACCACUACCACCAGCAAGCGCGACGAGCAUGAGCUGCAUCAGCUCGCCCGUCGAGGCCGCACCACCAACAGUUACAACAACGGCAAGUGCGCUCUGGGGACGAAGAUCUUCAAGCCGCAAUACCCCGGACCUGCUACCCUGGAGUCGGUACAGGAAGGCGCAUUCCUGGGAUAUUAUAUCCCCAAGCUGGAUCAGUGCCCAGCCGGAGCGGUCACUUACGAUGUGAUCACCGAUAGUUCUGUGCUUACGGACACUGUUGCGGCCUACUGGGACUCGGCCAAUGCGGGCACAGGCCAGAAGUACAUCGCUCUUGGGGCCAAGGUCACCCCGACCGAUUCGUACAUCAACGUUGACCAUGUUUACGAGUUGAAGAUUGUCGAUAGCUUCUUUUCGGCCAUGAUCGCGAAAUAUAACUUCUGUAACAGCUUCAAGACUUUCUUCCUCACCCAGGAUACGGAACACCCUACGGCGAAUGGAGUCAAGAGCCGACUCCAGCGGCUAUACGGCCUGCUACCCAGUAACACAUAUCUGGACUUCGUCGCCAUGGACAACCAGCUGAAUAGCAUGAAGGCGCCUAUGUUCGACGAGAACCUCAGCGGAAUGCAAACCCCCAAGGGCGCAACGACUGAAGAGGAAGCCAACAACGCCCUCUCCAUCAUCAACACCAUGGCCACAGUGAUUUCGCUCCUCCGCGACAACAAAAUCGCCGAGGUCUUCAAGACGACGAACAAGCGCAUCUACGAGGCCUUCCUAGGAAUCGACCAGCUCACCACUGGAUGCAACGAUCCGAUCCCCGGCAAGGGCUGGGCCGACUCUUACUCGAGUUGGAUGGAGGAGUUCCUCUCCACGCAGGCGACCUCGGUCUCCUCGCGGCUUGCCUCCAUCUCAGGCCAGGUGACGCCCACCACCGACCCAUCCGGGCAGAAGAACGCCUUGGGUCAGGGGUUGGAUGCCUUCAACGCCAAGUACCCUGCUGCCUCGUGGACCUGGGAUGCCAAGCAGCUGCUGGACUUUUCGGCUCCCAGUGCCAUUGCGUUUGCUAAGCGCGGUGCUGAGAGCAGCGUCGCUGCCUGCACGCCCACCUCUUCCGUUUCUGCUUCAUCCAGUGCGGUGGUUACGACCCAUGCUGGAUCCUCGGCUGUCGUGACGGGUGAGCUCUGUCCUUCACAACCCUAAUCAUACUUCUUUGCUAAUGGAUCACCCAGCCUCGCACACUAGCAUUAUUGUGACCUCCAAGGCAACCACGCACACUCCGGAGAGCGAUAUCUCAAAGACUGUGCACGCCUCGACGACGGUGAAGUCG